CACGCCCCCAGCAUGGAUACAACCAGCAGGAACAGGCGCUCAGGAGACACACUCACUAUGCUGGAGAGUGUUUGUAGCCGCGAUGGGAGUUAACACAUCCAAGUUUCUGGAGGUCCUGUUUCCAGCGUCGUUGCACUAAAUAAAGACACUUGGUUUCUUCUUUUCUUUUUUUUGUUCUCUUUUUCUUUUUUUCUCUCUCUGAGGGGGGCUUGUCUGCGUUUUUCUAUCCGAGGCGUUUCUCUCACAGGAUGUUGAUGAUAUUGGAAAGCCGGGUAAGAUCAUAAAGUCAGUUCUCUCUGAUGAGAACGACCUCCUCCUCCUCCACCUCCUCCUCACCACCACCACACAAAGGGAACCACGGAACAAGUACUUUUUUCACACGCCAUCAUUUUCUUUUUUUUCUUUUUUGAAUGUCAUUAAGAAGCAGAGGGGGCUGUUUCAAAGACAAAAUGGAUCACUUUGCAGCAGAGUGCCUUGUUUCAAUGUCCAGUCGUGCAAUUGUUCACGCUCCUAAAGGGAAUAGGGAGAUUAAACCAGAGAUCCCGUCCUCCUCCAAGAACGGGGAGGAAAUAAAAGAGCCUUUGGUGAAAGAUAACUCCUCUCUUUUUGUGGUGGCGCGGAUUCUUGCGGAUUUUAACCAGCAGACUCCCAACAAUGUUGCCGAGCAGGCAAAAAUAAAGGAUGAGAGCAUGCCGAACCUCAUAGAGGAUGAUGGAAACUCUGCCACACCUACCACCAUCUCCGAUCCUUCGCUCAAACAAAGAGGCAAAAGAUCGCGAGGUCGAACUGAGCAAGAAUCACCUCAGAAAAAGCACAAAUGCCACUAUUCAGGUUGUGAAAAAGUUUAUGGCAAAUCAUCCCACCUCAAAGCCCACCUAAGGACACAUACAGGAGAACGUCCUUUCCCAUGUACUUGGCCCGACUGCAGUAAGAAGUUCGCCCGCUCCGACGAGCUGGCCCGCCACUACCGCACCCACACGGGGGAGAAGAAGUUCGGAUGCCCACUUUGUGACAAGCGUUUCAUGCGCAGCGACCACCUGAUGAAGCACGCCCGGCGCCACUCGGAUUUCCAACCCGGCAUGCUGAAGAGGCCCCACAGCGGCAGCAGCAGCGGCAGCACCACACGUCCCAGCUCCCUCAGCGACUACAGCCGCUCGGACGCCUCCAGCCCCACCCUCAGCCCCACCCUCAGCCCAGCCCUCAGCCCAGCCAACUCGCCUUAAACUGAAACCCUGUCGCACUUUCUGCCUCUGACCUGGGAGGCCUGUGUUUUUGUCAUAACACUUGUGUUGCACAGUUGUCAGCAACCUCCCCCCUUUGCUAUUCCUGCGCUUGCUGUGGUGUACCAUACUGUACAUAACUGCUUAUUGUAGUGCAAUUACUUGUGUGAUCCUAAAAGAAGGUAAUGCCUUUCCAAGAUGGCAAUAUUUACAUUCUGUACCAUAUGUCUGUAUUUUUUUAGCUUCUGAUCAUGGCUAGUUGUCCAAUGUAAGUCUGCAGUCAGCUAAACAAGGUUUAGAAGAAGAAAAAAACAGACACCCUGACAAGUCUUAUCAAAAUGGAUCUUUUUUAGUUGUUUUUCUUUGUUUUUUUUUAACGGGUGAGGAGAGGGGGUACACACACACCUCAGGAUUGAAGACAGUUGCUAUUUCUGUAAUACCACAGUACUUAACAGUACUCACAUUGACUGCACAAUAUACUCAUCACUUUACUCUGAAAUUCAACGGGGGUUGAAUUUUAUGCCCUGCUCAGGGAUGGCCUUGUUAGCUUGAAAGAAUGAACAUGGUGAAGAGAAACAUACAGUACAUACAUAUAUAACAGCCUUACACUCAACACAAUUUGCACUCUUUGUUUUUUUGUUGGUUUUCACGUUUGAGGAAACUAGCCCUACGGUCAUACGGUCAAUCGUACACAGAACUCAUGUCCUGUUCUCCCUUGUGUUCUGGGAGGUUCAUAUGUAAUGUAAACGCUGUGUGUUAAGAAAAAAGAAAAACCCACCUCAGUAAACAAAAUACAUCUGUUCCUCCACCGCAACGUUAAUAUUCAGUUGCCGUUACACUGGGUUAAAUAUGUAUUUCAUUAAACAGCGGUGUGCAGUAUAUACUGUGUAAAUCUGCAUUGUGGGAUGAUCGGGAUAAUAUUGGGUUAACAGUUUUUAUAAAUACACUCAGUUGAAGAAACGUUAGACCCUUUAAAUAGAGACAGUUAAGUUUCAAAGCAGCUGUUCAUGCUUUUUCUUUAAAAAGAAAGCGCUGUAUCAUCAGCCGGUAUUUCACACAAAAUGGACACAAAGGGACUUUAGUGGAAACAAUGUUUAUCCUUCUCUCAAGCACAUAGGAAAAAGUACCAAAGACAAGAGUGAAUGAAAGCUUUUUAUUCAGUCUUGUAAGUCGCCCUUCAUUGAGGCCUGGGGCUGGUGUUUGGCAGUAUCACAGGUAGAGCCAGACAGCCUGCUCACUUCCCUCCUCCUGGCUUUGCCUUUUGUGGCCUCCCUGGAGGAAACAGCUGCAUCCCACAAGAAGCUAUUCACAGCCCGCAGCAGGAGUGGUAACUUGCCAUUCCCGGGGAGUUCUCCCUCACCCAUCUGGCUCUACCUGUCCCCGUCAAAGACUGGUGAAGCAAGCCAAGCGUGCCAAAUUGCGUGCAAGGUUGCCUAACCUUGGGGUCAAAUGUAGGCCAGAGAGUGUGGGCAGAGCCAGGGGCUGGGCAGCGACACGGUGGAGAACAGAGUGAACAAAGCAGCUAUCUGAAACAGACAGGCAAGAGAGGGCAGGUCCUGAUAAAAGAGGAGAGGUUUAUCACAAGCUGAGCAGCACAGAGGAGGAGACACCCAGUCGCAGACACCCCGCAUCUCCUCCUCCCCCAACUCCCUCCCUCCCUCCAACUGUAGUAACUGUGAGUGGAAAAAUGGCUGUAAUUAGUGGUUCGAUCCAACCUGUAUGAUAAGAGUAGAAAGAAAAGUGUAUGAACAACAGUACUACCUAGACCGAUGCUAGCAGUGUGGGUGGGAUGUACCCAACUGCAUCCUAAGCACAGGGAGAAAUCCUCUACUACUGCUGCAGAGUCCCAUUUCACCACGCCAAGGUGACCGAUAAACCAGAGCUGCGAAACAGCUGCUUUCAAACUUCUCUCUCGCAAAACAAGGGGGCUUUUAAACUGUUGUAAAAACAUUUGAACCAAAACGAACAUAUCAGCAAAGUGCAGUGCUCACCAGCCUCACGUCGUCCUGCCUGUGAAGCUCAGAUGUCCCGUGAGAAAGCUGACUUGUGUUUCUAGACAGACAUGCCUCAAUAAGUCAGGCAAAAGGCACAGUAAACCUUCCAUGGAAACGGGCACCACUAUCAAAACUGCUGCAGCCCAGCCAGUCUGUGUUAUGCCUACAUUUUCUUUUAAUGCUUCAGCACUAUGGCCGGAAAUAGUUUCAUCUAUGUAUCUGGUCCUGUCAGACCCCUCCAGACUGUUGUCAUGAAUUGCAUGUGUUAGCUUCAUUGUACCAACCGACUCUCGCCCCGCAGUACCGCGGCUCACACUAUAUGCAUGUUAACAACUUUGCCUUGGAAAACGUUGAGUGUUUUUUGAGGCGGUCUGGCAGGUGUAAGUUCAUCAAUGGCAGGCCUUGUCCCUCGUUCUCCACGUGCAUCCAUCUCCCUUUAAAGUUGUGAAGAAUCAGCUCUGUCACAUCCUCCAGCAAGAAAACAUCCCUCGUUUCGAUCGAAUGCAGUAGUUUCCUCAAAACACCAUGUUUAAAACAAAAGAAACAGCCCUCUGUAAGAAGGUAAAAUAGUUUCCAGGCUGCGAGAUGACACUUUAAAUGCCACUGAUCAGCAGCUCUUAGUUAAAGAAGCACUGAGAGGGUUUUACAUUUGACCAUUUCUGGAAAGAAUCUUUGAUUUUCACAAAUUCUUCAAAUUGCUGUUGAGCAGCUUUUUUUUGUUGUUUUGUUUUAGUCCGUUUUUGACUUGGUUUGUAGUGUAACUUUCUCUUGCAAAAGAAAAAAAAAAAAAAAGGAGUAGUUCACCCUCAAGCAGGUUUCAUUAUUUCAUUAAUCACUUCUCAAUCCAUAAUCUGCACAUUUACCUCAGGGUCGACAUCCGCAAAGCAGAUAUGGGACAGUUUGUGGAUUUUGUUGUAACAUCAGUUGCUGCACAGAAAUGUCUGCCAGCCUCCCCCUGGUGUUCCUGGGUGCUUAGUGCUCACUGCUGGUCAGUGUCCAACCACACUGGAAACACAGGAACGCCUCCGUACGGGCUCAGCUCCUGCCUAUAAUGUCUUCAUAACAUCCUGCAGUCCUGCUACACGCCUUAGUAAGCACUGGGCACUCGGGGAGCUGUUUUCAGUGAAACACCCCUUUAAACAUCUUUGACCCUUAGUGUCAGUGGACUUACAGUAGGCGACAGGAAGCUCCUACCAUCUGAAAAUAAACCGACUGUGACAGUGUAAACAUCCCAGUCCAUCCAUCCAGACUGCACCAGUGAACAUAUAUAGGCCUCCACAGGCAGUGUCUCAUAACCUUUAUUCUCACUGUACCAAAUCUACUUGAAUAAUUCAACACAAAAGGCCAUUGAACACAGUUUUUGUACAUGUCCAUUUUUACUGUACUUGCUUUUGUUGUCAAAUAAUUAUUAACCUCUCUGGAGAAAAGGUGUACAGUGUGUUUGAUUUAUUUUGUUGUUAAUUUCUAGAGUUUCUAGUUCUAGAUUUUCCAUUGUCUUCAGGUCAUUUCAGCAAUUCUUUCGAAUUUAUCACAGCAUUAUGGUUGACUGUUUUUGACGGGCUGUUUAAAGGCACCAUAUUUUGUUUUUUAAAAAAAACAACAACAUAAUUUUAAGCCCCAUUGAUGGGGUUCACCCCUUUAAUCAGAAACAGUUAAUACUCUGUUGAUGUCAGGAUGCAGGUUAUUUUGCCUGUUAUCCAAAAAUUGCUCUAAGUCAGAAACUGAAAGGAUUGUUUGGGGUGACGAUAAGAAAAGGAAACUUCCUGACCUCUAUGUACAACAGUUUUCGUCAUUAUUUAGAUUCUUUUGAAGGUUUUUCAUGAGAAUAGAGACCACAGCAUUGUGAGUUAGCAAUGUAGUCAUACUUUUUAUUAUUGCUUUUUUUUUUGGUUUCAUAUGAAAUGUUUAAGCUUGUAUAUUUUCCAAAAAUCAUACCUCUUGAAAUAUUUGACUUUUUGUUGUACCUUCAUAUCUUUUCAAAACAUCCAUCAUGUAGCUUACGUUUGCUUGAAGAGUAGCACAAAUAAUUGGUGGGUUUAUUUGUCCCUACUUGAAUGAAGAAGGAAAGAAAGAGACAUUUUUCUGUAAAAAACAAAACAAAAAAAACACUGGGCUACGUUUUAUAUAAUCAUCCCAUGUUGUCAGGGUCCUGCACAUCCUUGUAGAUUCAACAAAUAACCUUUCCAGGAAAUAAUAAAACCUUGUUUUCUUUAUUAGGCUGUUUUAUGUUUCAAAAAUAUUGAAAACAUACCCUCCAUACCAACCAUAUAUUUGUCUUAGUUUAAACCUUUUCUAUGUGAGGGAUGAUGUCAGCUGUAAAUGACUAUGAAACUCCAUGUCAGCAUUUUUUUAAUCCAACUUUACGAUUGUAAUCCCAGUAAGAUUACAGGUUUCGACAUCUGUUAGAGAAAAAGAACUGUAAACAAUGACAAAAUGGAAAUGCAAGGUUUCUACAAGAUGCUAACAGUGUACCAGUUAAUAUCUUUUUCUGCUAAUUUAAAAAAAAAAAACAUUAAAGUGAGUGAUUGUUGUCUAGUAUGUAAAGAACUAACAAUCUUAUUUAAAGAGUUCAUAUUAAUUACAUGAAUAUAUCACUGAUCAGGCCGUCUCAACUAAAAUCUUCACGACUGAUCUCAACGUAUAAGCAUGAUCGAUGCAAUUGUGUGCCAAAACUUCAAUGGUAACGUCAGAAAGAUGAUACAAAUGUUAUGGGUAAAAAAAACAAAACAACCUAGCUACUAUCAGACAUUUAACAAACUUGUACAGUUUUAUAAAGUGUGACAUGUUUUUAUGAAAUGUACAGUAAUAUUUCUUUUCUGCUUUAUGUAAACAUUUUGAUUGUGUAGCUUUCUUUUCAUUUGGUUCUUGUUAUUUAAUUUUUUUUCUUCUUUUUUUUUUGCUGUACAAUACUCAAGCAAUGUAUAAUGGCUUAUUACAGGUAUUUUUGACAAAAACAAUCUUAAUGAUAUUGAACGCCCAACCAUUCCAAAGGAUUAAAAAAUGCAUUUGCUAUAACUGUGCUGCUUACAUCGACCCGAUGCGUUUUUGUAGGUUAUGAAUAGAAUUUUGUCUUGACUGUGAGGUUUUACACGUUGUGAGUUGUGCACAAGGUACGUUUCUCAUUGUCAACAAUUCCCAGGUUUAAUCUCUCUUUUCUUCUCUUCAGGCUCUUUGUGUAGGCUAAGCCAAUUCGAAUGAAUAACAUACAUGCAAUAUUUAAAAGUAUUAUAAUAUAUAAUAUUUAAAAGUUAAGGACACACAGACCACGUCUUCCCUGAUGACAAAGGCCUGAGGCUUUUUAAAGGUGGGGAUAAUGUUGAAGAAGCGGCCGUGAUAGAAGAGAGGGGUUCCUGAGCAGUGAGAAGGAACUUUGAGUUCUCACAGCUCGUCAGAGGCCCCACAGUUUUGUAACUGGUUGUAACCAAAGGCUUUGAAGGGAAAGAUGAAUGUUGCAGUAAUUUUGAACCCAACCCACUUUGGACCCCUGGGUUCAACUUUAUAUGCUGUAAGUUGUACUUAAUAUGGACCUUUUUUCUACAUCUCAGAUAAGCAACUUUGUUGUUAUUAUUUUUAAAAAUCACUUGAAUGAACAAAACCCACUUAAUCAUACGAGCAAGCGAAUUCUGAAUGAGUAAAAAGACAAGAAACUGAGAGACUGAGUGAGUAGGAACAUGCAGCACAGCAGACCAUAUUUGUCUGUACCCUUCACCGACCAUGUGGUCUUGCUUGACUGCCUGAACUGACGCUGUGCGGUGUUUGCUUUUACUGUAGAAAUGCACGCUAACAAAAAGUGCUCUGCUCAAGCAUUGGAUAUUUUUACCCUUAAAGGAUUUGUCUGUUUCAGGUUAUGCAGCACACAGUGCUGUGAAUGACCUCCCUUUGAUUACAAAGAGAGAGCCUCUCACCAGCCUUUUGGUUCUGUUUCCCGUACCUGUUUGUCCUCAGUGUACCUCCUCAGUGUAAUGUUGCUCUCUUGAUACCUCUGUGCGUUUCUCCUCUGCCCAUCACCAUCAGUUGCCUGUUGUAGUGACUCCAUGGUGCUGUUUUCCCUCUCAGCACCAAUAUAAUCUAAUCUGUAAAUAACUCUUGACUCAGCUAUGGCCAGUACAUUCUCCAAUGACCUCACUCUAACCUUCAGGUGUCAUUUUGUUUUUGUUUUUUUCUCAGCAAACCAAAAUCACUACAUUCAAGUAUUACAGUUGUACAGUUCCUCGGAUUCUACACACAGUUAAUGUGCUGGUCUUAGCUGCUCUGCUGUACCUUUUUAUGGCAUUAUUUUUUACAUGUUAGACAAUAUAUUGUGACCAUGUCCUAUGCAAAUAAGGAAAAUAACAGAUUGUUGAAUAAUGUAUGUUGUCACAACUUGUAUGCAUGAAAUAGUGAAGUUUACAUUUGGAAAUAAAUUCAUAAAAUAAGCAGCCACAA